ACAGCAGCGGGUCUCGAGCUGAUCCUCCACUAGACUUCCUCGGUGGGACGGCGGCAUGGCGGCGGCUGCUGCGUACGGCCAGCACAGCGCUGCGAUAACCGCCAGCGGCAAAAAGACGCACGGUAAUAACAGGGAACACAUGCGGAGGAACCGGGAGAACUCGCGCCGGAGACAAGCCGCUCUUUUAUUUCUCAGUAACAUCUCUUUGGACGGACGGCCAGUCCAGAGUAAUUCAGCCGACCACGUAGGAAGCCGUCACCACAAAGAGACCGACUUGGAGGGACUCGUCUCCGGCUCUACAGCAGCGGGCGAGCUGUGUCCGGAGCUUGGUGCCACUGGAAGCUACGGGCUAUUCUCCAGUUUGGCAGUGGCCGUGAGCUGCGGGGACGUUAAUCCCUCCUCGGCACCGAGGAUGGGUCUCCUCAACAUACCGCCUAUCCUCGUCCUGCCGUCGGACACCGGGUUUAACGGCGUGGGAAGCGCAGAGGUGCUGCUGGAGUGCCGCAGAGACUCGUUCCCAUCGGGAAACAGUAACCUGCUGUCUCCGUCUCUGUCCAACGCCAGCAUGCUGCCGUCACCUCUGGGACCGCGGAAGUCCUCCACACUGCUGUCUGUGCAGAGCUGCAACUCGGUGUCCUCAGAGCCGCGACAAAGGACUCGUAACCUCUCCGGUGGCUCUCCAAGACCUCGACACACCAAGAAGAUGCACUUCAUCAAAAACAUGAAACAAUACGACACAAGAGGCAGCAGGAUCGUGCUGAUCUGUGCGAAGAGGUCUCUGUGUGCUGCCUUCUCUGUUCUGCCCUAUGGAGAAAGCUUCUACCUCAGUGACCCUACAUUAAACCACCCGAGGAGGAGACACUCGUCUGGUAACAUCUCCACCACCCUGGAGAUGCUACCGGGGCUGGAGGGUUUCCAACUGGACACCUACGGCAGGUCUGUGUCGUACGCCCAGUUCCUGUACUCUACUAACGCACUGGUGAGGCAGAAGCCGUCGUCGACCAGCGACCUGACACUACAGAUUCCAGUUUCCAGGAGUACACACAGCAUGCAGGGCAGGAGCUGCCCACCUAGCAGACUAAACAGCGCUGUGGGGCUGGACCUGGGUCUUGAAGAUGUGACAGACUACGACCCUAACCUCCUCAGUGACCCCCAGUGGCCUUGUGGGAAACACAAACGGGUGCUGAUCUUCGCCUCCUACAUGACAACAGUCAUAGAAUACGUCAAACCGUCUGAUCUGAAGAAGGACAUGAACGAGACGUUUAAGGAGAAGUUUCCUCACGUUAAACUCACUCUCAGCAAGAUACGCAGUCUGAAGAGAGAGAUGAGAGUAGUUGGGGAAGAUUGCGGUAUGCAGCCCGUCACCAUCGCGAUGGCGUUCGUCUACUUUGAGAAGUUGGUGCUGCAGGGUCGACUCAAUAAACAAAACAGGAAGUUGGUGUCGGCUGCCUGCAUCCUACUGGCUGCUAAGAUCAGCAGUGAUCUCAAGAAACAGGAGGUCAAACACCUCAUAGAUAAGCUGGAGGAGCGUUUCAGGAUCAGCAGGAAGGAGCUGAUAUCGUUUGAGUUCACCAUCCUGGUGGCCCUGGAGAUGGCGCUGUACCUACCGGAGAGCAAAGUCAUGCCACAUUACAGGAAGCUGGUGCAGCUGCAGCAGUCAAAGCAGUGACAUGCUGAUUCCUCCCUCCAGCGACUCUCAGAGGUACGAAGUGAUCCUCCUCCUCUGUGCUCACAACGCAGACACCAAAGCUCAUCCACACUGUCAUGGUAGUACGACAGCCCAACGGCUCGGCAGCACAGACAUCGCCUGCUCUCCUCCCUCAAACACCAAAGUGACGACACACUGUGAUCGAUGGUUCAGCAGCAGGACUGAUGCCUGGCUCAACAGCACCACGAGAAUCACUGAUCACUCAUCAUAAAGCUCAAAAGCAUGUCUUUCUUAAAGGAAAUUAUGUUUUGUUGUUGUACGGUUUCCCUCACUAUCUUAGUAAUGGAAACUCUGCUGAACACGGCUCUCUAAGGGUUGCUGGUUGAAACUUUAAUCAUUUUGGUUAAAUCUGAGUUUAUGUGGAACGCUUGUUAAACUGUGUUGAGUAAUCCUUUCAGAAAUUUCUGCAUUUGAGAAUGUGAGUAACUAUUGGCCCAAAAAAUCCAAAGGUUUCCCUUCAAGUUUUACCGCUGCACCUGUAACCUCUUCAAGUUUUACAGGAUAGCUUCACAGUUUUUCAAAUCAGUGGAGAAAAUUAUUUCCAAACUAAAUCUAAUCAGAAGAGCCAUUUUAAAAAACACUUUCAUAUUCACAUCCAAUCAAAUUACUGCCAUGGGGUUUCCAAAAUUACAAUUUCCCAAAUUUCUUGACAACUUUAGAGUUGACUGUUUGUGUAACACUGUGGGCCGAAGACACUGAGACUGUGAGAACGAAGAAAUUGGAGAUAAAGGCUGAAAAUAACCUUCCUUACUUUAGUUUAAAUGUGCUGACAUGACAGUUACUCAACAAAACGUUUUGUGCAUUUGACAAUCGUUGCUUUUCAAAGCAUCUUAAAUCAAUAGUGCCGAGUGUUUUCAGCAAAUAUAGCAAAGAUUUGAACAACAUUCACUUAUUGUAUAAU